AUGGCGAGCCUGCCUUCUGACCAGGACUAUGUCUACAGCCCAAGCAUAGUAACUCAUCAUAAUAUUCUCUCAAUCGCCUUCGAGACCUUUGUAUAUGGCCUAUACGCCGCGCUCUUCCCCGCCUCUGUCUGGCUUUUAACUCGAACCAAACCUCAAACCAUGACCUCACUCCCAAAGACCUUCCUCAUCACAAUCCUCUCCCUCCUCUUCAUCUUCUCCACGGGCCACUGGGGCAUCUCAUUAGCCUGGAUAACCCGUUCCUCAGACUGGGAAUUCUCUCGGCAAGGCGACCUCGAGAGUUCACCUGGUGCACUGACGUUCUCCGACGAUUUCAACGCGGCAGCGAGAACGGCGGAUAUGAGUGUGGAUAGAAUGUACGUCGCGGUGGUUAGCUUCCUCCUGAGUGAUAUUGCUUUGGUAUGGACGGUCUGGCGUCCUGCGUGGCGGGGCAUGCGUAUCGCAAUCGGCGUCAUAAGCGGGUUUCUCUUCGCACUCUACGCCGGCUCCAUCAUCUACUCCUUCACCGCCAUCUACGGCACCGACAUACCCACAUUCGAGGCCCAAGAAGACGGGAACUGGCAGCUCGGGAUCAUGAUCGCCUUUUUCGGUUCGCUCGUUAACAAAGUGUGGCUUUUCGCGGCGUGGGCUGGGAUCGUCUGGAGACAUCGCAGUCUCUUGAAUGUAAGUAAUAAGAGCAUGGAAGGAAGAAAGGAAUCGGACCACGUCCCGUCGUCGUCCGUGCUCCUCGUCGAAUCAGGAGUGAUAUACCUCCUCUUAUGGACAGCCAACACCGCCCUCUUCUACGUCUACGUCUCUCCAUCCCGAGCGGCCGACAAUUACGCGACAUGGAGCUAUUUCGUGUUUCAUAACGAUUUUAUGGUCGGAUGUAUGAUUCAUAUCGCUGGCAUCCAUAGCACGCUGUUAUUGCUCUUCGCCGGCAAAGGACGAACGCUCAGCGAACGGAUUGUGCUGCGUAAUACGAACAUCUCGCCCACCUAA